CAAUAUGAGCGGCAACAUGUUAUAGUCAGUUAGCCAGUCAGUAUUCGACAGUCACAGUAAGAAAACCACAGAACGCUCGGCCGAUGAGAGAAAUAUAUACGCAGAAAACGCGGGCAACGAGAACAACAACACUUAAGAGAAGUGUUUUUGUAACAUAAUCAUAAGAUUUUGGAAAUCUUGAGUCGAGCAAAAUUAAUUUUUUUUUUUUUGAAGUGAAAUUUUAUAAAAAUUUAUUUAUCACAAAUUUUAGAAAGAGAAAACCUAAAAACAUAUCGAUUUCAUAAAAACACGCAAAAAAUUGUAUACGUAAAAUAACGCCAAAGCUUGCGUAUUUCCCAGUACUUAAUAUGGCUAUACUAUUUCAGUAAAGUAAACAAGUGCAAUGUGACUGUUUAGAAACGCCACGUUUCCUUUCAUAAAUAUCCAUAAUUAAAUUUUCGAAAAAUUUGUGCGCCGCGUGCAAUAAAACCGAAUCAAGGACACUCAGUGCAUGCGUCCUCAGUGUCAGUGCGAAAUACUGCAACCCAAAAACAACAACUGAAACAGUGCCUUCCAAACUGUGCUUUUCUACAACUGAGUUUGUUAAGCCAAUUAGUGACAUUUUAAAAUAAAAGAAACAAAAAAUCGAGAAACCCAAAAUCGAAAAGUGUGAACAGCCAGGCAAAACGGGCAACGCAUAACAAAGCCGCCUAAGCCGCCACAAGUGCAGUGUAAACUGCUAGAAAGAGUGCAAAGCAGCAGCAUCAACAGAAACUUUCUAACCAAUUCACCAAGAGCAAGUGUCUGCGCGCACCAUUUCAACCCUGAUGGCAACAACAGCACCGGCCAGCGCCCCCCUGAUCAGCCACAGCAGCUCAGACAGCAGCAGCAGUAGCAAGCCGAUUACCAUACCCUUGCUCGAGCGCUUCUCCAGUCAAGUGUCCACCGGUUCGGCCGACAGUGGCGUCGUUGUUGGCGGCAAUUCCUCAUCCAGUACUUAUGUGGCCGCAGUUGUCAAAAAGAAUCGCACCACAGCGAACAACUGUUCACUGGACACCCGCUGUAAUUCGCUUUGUCUGCAUGGCUCGAACGCCAAAUGGCAGCUGCAGAAGCUCAAGCAGCCCACCAACAAGCAGCUGCUCUCGCAGGAUAGCGGCAUAGAUGCCGUCGUCGAUGGCAGCGGUAGCGGUGGCGCAUUGGCCGUAGAUGGCGACGCGGACUCGACUGCCGGCUCGCAGCAGCAUCUCAAGUCAACGCAAUGCUCGUCGUCGAGCAGCGAGUCGCUGGGCGGCAAUUCGUCCGGCCUGUCGCUCUCCAAGUACUCAGAAGAUGGCGGCGAGUCGGAGCACUCGUCGGGCAUUGGCAUGAGCUUGAGUAGUGGCAGCGGUGGGCGUCGCAUCAAGUAUCGCAGUAGCGCCAGCACCUGCACGCAGGGUCUCGAGGACCGCAUCGAAGAGGUGGACAUACCCGAAGAUUAUGAUGACGACGAUGUAGUCGAUGUUGGUGAUGAGGAUGAGGACGUUGACGUGGACGACGAUGAGCUGGACGUGGGAGUCGGCGAUGACGAGGAUGUGGACGUCGAUGAAGAUGACGAUGACAGUGAUAGCGGCAGUGACAGUGGCAGCGAUUCGGGUAACAACUCGGGCGUUGUCGGCGAGUCCGGCAGCGUCUCAGUGCCCGCUGCGGCUACAACACUCAACGGUUCGUUCGGCAAAAUUGUGCCGACCAAAUCCCUGCAAGCCGCCAAGGAUGCCUCGGCUCCUAACCACCAUUUGGGCGUCAAAUCGUCCGUGCAUGCGCAGUGCGCCUCAGCGCCGGUAGGCAGUGUCACUUACUCUACGUCCCUCCACAAAGCCAAUGAAACAAAUAAGCCAACCACUAGCAGUAGUAAUCAUCAUAAUAACCUAAACAAUAAUCGUAGUAGUAGCACUAGAGAUCAUAGUAGUAAUAGUAGUAGCAAACCGCAAGCAGCCACUAAGUCCACAAACCCCGAAUCACAAGUAUUGGCCACUGAUGGCAAUUAUUAUUUCCCGCUGCUGAAAAUCUCCGACGAUCCGUAUAUCGAUUCGAAAUUGAUCAACAAGAAGGAUGGCCUCCAAGACACCAUGUACUAUCUGGACGAGUUCGGCAGUCCGAAAUUGCGUGAGAAAUACGCACGCAAACAGAAGGAAAAGGAACAGAAGCAACAGAAGGCGCAAAGGAAACAAAGUAAACGCGAAGACGAGCGUAAGAGGCGCACAACGUUAACGUCAAAUGCCGCCGCCACUGCUGCAUACACGACUGACAAGAAACCAAUUACCAAUGGAUCGACUAUGGCAUCCAAAAAACAACGCAAUGUCAUAGACGAUGCGACAAACUGUGAUGAUAGCUGUAAGGAGCAUAGGCAAAGUAGUAAUUGUAAGCACAAAUGCGGCGGCGGAGGUGCUGGACACGAAAAGAAGGCGCUGGCAGCAGCCACCGGAUUGGGCGAGAGCCGCCAACAGGCAGAUACGCGCAUAACAGCGAGCAACAAGUCGCUGUCCGUCGCAUCCUGCGUCAGCUGGAACAAAAUGUUUCGCAAGUUUAAAACUGUCUUAGGCAGAGAUGGUUCCAAGAUUACAACAGUCGUUGCCACACCUGGCCAAGGUACGGACCGCGUGCAAGAAGUUUCCUACACAGAUACCAAGGUGAUUGGCAAUGGCAGUUUCGGUGUGGUCUUUCAAGCGAAAUUAUGCGAUACCGGCGAGCUGGUAGCUAUCAAAAAAGUUUUACAAGACAGACGAUUUAAGAAUCGUGAAUUGCAAAUUAUGCGUAAACUGGAGCAUUGUAACAUUGUAAAACUUUUGUAUUUUUUCUAUUCGAGUGGUGAAAAGUUAGCUGAAUUCCCGAUCGAUAUUGGCAUCUUCGCCAGUGUCCUUAAACCGCAGCGUGAUGAAGUGUUUUUGAAUUUAGUCCUCGAGUAUAUACCAGAAACCGUAUACAAAGUGGCACGUCAAUAUGCCAAAACUAAGCAAACGAUACCAAUUAAUUUUAUACGGCUCUAUAUGUAUCAACUGUUCAGAAGUUUGGCCUACAUCCACUCCUUGGGUAUCUGUCAUCGUGAUAUCAAACCACAAAAUCUGCUCUUGGAUCCAGAGACGGCUGUGCUAAAGUUAUGCGAUUUUGGCAGCGCUAAGCAAUUGUUGCACGGUGAACCGAAUGUAUCAUAUAUUUGCUCGCGAUACUAUCGUGCACCGGAGUUAAUAUUUGGCGCCAUUAAUUACACUACAAAAAUUGAUGUGUGGAGCGCCGGCUGUGUAUUAGCUGAAUUACUGCUCGGUCAACCGAUAUUCCCCGGUGAUUCUGGUGUCGAUCAAUUGGUUGAGGUUAUCAAAGUUUUAGGCACACCGACACGAGAACAAAUACGCGAAAUGAAUCCAAAUUACACGGAAUUUAAAUUUCCACAAAUUAAAAGUCAUCCAUGGCAGAAAGUUUUCCGUAUACGCACUCCGACAGAAGCUAUCAAUCUGGUAUCGCAACUGCUCGAGUAUACGCCAAGUGCACGUAUAACGCCACUAAAGGCCUGCGCACAUCCAUUCUUCGACGAACUGCGUCAGGAGGGCAACACUACAUUGCCCAAUGGACGGCCUAUGCCCCCAUUAUUUAAUUUCACAGAGCAUGAACUUUCGAUACAGCCAAGCCUAAUCCCACAAUUGUUGCCAAAACAUCUGCAAAAUAACAGCGCAGGUCGACCGGUCGCCGGUGCUGGUGGCGAAGGUGCUUCUGGCUCAGCAUCAAAUCCGUCAAGUGGCGCCGGUACGCCAGGCGGCGCAACUUCCCAAGCAACUUCAGAUUCAUAGUGGCAUAGUUCUUUCUUACGUUAUGUUAUAAUAAUAAUAAACAAGAACAUAGGAAAGAAAAAUAAAAAAAAACAAAAACAAUCAUGAUUUCUAUAAAAAUAAUAAUAAGAAAUGUACCUAUGCGUAAUAAAAUAGAAGGGCAAAAACAAAAAAAAAAAAAUCAAAACAAAGCGAAAAUGGCCAGCAAGCAAAAGCGCUAUAUCUAUCAACAUAAAUAUCAUACAUAUACACAUAUAGUAAAAAGGCAAAAAUCAUAUUAAAAAAAAACUUUUUAAAGCAAAAUUUCUGCAAAGAAAAAAUUAAAAUAAUAAUUAAAAUAAAUAUAAGAAAUGCUCUGUAAGCGCGCAAAAUUUCAAACCUAGAAGCAUAAGAAGAAGCAGCAGCCACAAUAAGCAAAGCAAAUCAAGCGAGCAACUCUAGAUAUUUCUUUGAAAAAAAUAAAAUAUAAUGAAAUAAAAAAUUUAACAAGCGAAAUCUUAAAAGGAGAAGAAGCACCCAAACACAAGCAAGCGAGCGAUCGAAAUUGCACCUCCACUUUUAUAGAUACAUAAUUUUAUGUAAAAAAUUUGCAUUAAAUUUGUAGUUUUUUUUAACUUCCUUUUUUCUGUUUUUGCAUAUCAUUUAUACUUAUAUAACUUCUACAUUUUGCGCUGCACUUAUUUUUAUGAAACGUAAAAAAAUUAAAAAAAAAAAAAACCAAACCAACAAACGGAAAAAAGAAAAACAUAUUUUUUUUUUUAAUUAUUUUUUUCCGUUAACUAAAUUAGCCCCAUAUCUCGCAAGCACAACAUAAUUACUUUGUAUUUGUGCUUUGCAAAAAUUGUUAUACAAUUUGUUAGCACGUAGUAA